ACAGUGUCCCCCACCUUUCUCUAUCACAAAACCCCAUCAGCGUCCAUCUCUCUCUGUCUCUCUCUGAAAUUCUCCAGCCAUGGCUCUGUUUCGCAGCCAGAAUCUUAGCCUUUGGAUCUCAAUGAUCUUGUUUUUGGGUUUUUGUUCUUGUUUUUGCUCUAAUUCUAAGGACGAUUCUUCAAUUCAUGAGCUUCUUCGAUCCAUGGGGCUGCCGGCGGGGCUUGUGCCGAAGCAAGUGAAGUCUUACACAGUGGCUGAAAAUGGUCGGUUGGAAGUGUUCUUGGAUGGUCCAUGUAUGGCUAAGUAUGAAAACAGAGUGAUUUUUGAGAGUGUUUUUAGUGCAAAUCUUAGCUAUGGGAGCUUGAUUGGAGUGCAGGGAAUGUCUCAAGAAGAGCUUUUUCUAUGGCUCCCUGUUAAAGAUAUCAUUGUUAAUUAUCCUACCUCCGGUGUGGUACUCAUCGACAUUGGUGUCGCUCAUAAACAGCUCUCUCUGUCCCUCUUUGAAGAUCCUCCUGAUUGUAGUAUCCCUCAAGCUGCGUUCAGGAAUCAUCUCAGGAACCAAAGAGCCUUUGAAUCUCUUAGAUAAGAGAGCCAAA